CAGGACUGGCAGCUCCAGUUGGAAGACUCCCACACAACUCAGCUGAUCUACAAAACUUCACCAGAUGAGGAUAAAUGUACUGACAGAGAGGCAGAGGGUGGAGGAGGCAGCUAGAAGCAGCACAGAUUAGUACACUGGCAUCCUGUCUCUGGCUAAAUCUACUUCUGUCCACUGCAGAGGCACAAUCCACAAGCUGGACUGUGAUUGGUCGGUUCACGAAAAGUGACAGUAAUGAGCAACAAAAGGAACCCAACAUGCUCCCUGUUCUGUUUCUGCCGACAGAGAAAAGCAGGCAGGCGAGAACGGGAAAAGGUUGGAGAAAUGGCCUCAGAUACCAUGAAGGUUGCUGCCCUGGGUCGACCCUUCACCCUAGGAAUGUUCUAUGAUGCUCGGACAGAUCAACGGAUCCCAGGUUUGACAUUGUGGGAUGAAGAAACUCUACAAGAGAACACAGUUGAAAGCUCUCAGCACAGCAGUGCAUUUGAAAUUUCUGCAUCUGACUCCAUUGAAUCCAGGUCCUUUCUGCUGGGUGUUGAUGCUUCUCUGAAGGUCAGUUAUAUGUGUGGACUGAUUGAAGUAGGAGGAUCUGCCAAGUAUCUGAAUGAUACGAAGAAAUUCAAGAAUCAGGACAGAGUGACGUGUCAGUACAAAGCUACCACACACUUCAAACAGUUGUCAAUGACUCACCUUACAACUAUGGACAAACAUCAAAUAGAUGUUAUUCAAAAGAGCUCUGCAACUCAUGUAGUCACAGGCAUCCUUUAUGGAGCAAACGCUUUCUUUGUAUUUGACAGUGAGAAGUUAGACUCCAGCAGUGUUCAGGACUUUCAGGGCAGCAUGGAAGCUGUGAUACAGAAGAUCCCCAAAUGUAAUGUUGACGGGAAAGUUGAACUAAAGCUGACCGAUGAAGAAAAAGCUCUGACUGAGAAAUUCUCCUGCAAAUUCUACGGAGACUUCAUUCUUGAAAGCAACCCAGCAACAUUUGAAGACGCAGUGAAGACCUACAUACAACUUCCAAAGCUGCUGGGAGAAAAGGGAGAGAACAGUGUUCCACUGAAGGUCUGGCUGAUGCCACUGAAGAAGUUUUAUUCAGAAGCUGCUGAGCUGGUGAGAGAGAUCAGUGUUGGACUAGUGAGCAAGAUAGAGUAUGCUCUGGAAGAUUUAAGUCAAGUGGGAAUGAGAUGCAACGAUUCUCUGGACGACAGAUCGGUAGAGAGUUUUCCACUGAUUCAAGAAGAGUUAAGCACUUUCCAAAAACUGUGUAAUGAUUAUGCAACUAAACUCCAACAGACCAUGGAGAAGAAACUUCCCUCAAUCAGAGCAGGUGAAGAAGAUGAGAGCUCAACAGAAAAAGUCUUUGAAGACAGAGACAAGUCACCAUUCAGUCAUAAGAAACUAAGCAAGUGGAUGGAAGACAAAGAGAGAGAAAUCAACAUCAUCAGGUCCUGUGUAGAAAAGAUGGAGGGAACACAGAUUGUCCAAAAUAAGUCAGAGCUGGACAGAGAAGUUCUCGGUGUGGAGGAUGCUCUGUGCUUUGUUUUCACCUCCAUGGAAAGGGGGGACACCUACCUUGAUGUGAUGGCCGACUACUUGGACUCACAUAAAUUAGGAAGUACCUAUGAAAGUCCGUGGUACCACUCAGAAGAAGUUGUAACCAAAAUGAGUGAAAAAGCCAAAGAUUUCCAUGAUCUUGCCAAAGACCUGAAGAACAACAGCCGAUUCUGUUUCCUCAUAGCAGCCAUAGCAAAUAAGAAAUACGCAGGAGCAACCAUCUACCAUUACAAGGAGGGCAUUCUGGUCUCUGAGGAGUUCUCAAAGCCUGACCUCCCUCCUGUGGAGAAAAUCACUGACAGAAGAGAUCUGAUCUGGUAUGCCUGUGAUCUCACCCUGGACCCAGACACUGUCAACAACUACCUCACUCUGUCUUUGGGGAAAAAAAAGGCAACAUUUGGAGCGUUGCAGACGUAUCCUGAUCACCCAGAGAGGUUUGAUACACAUCCUCAGGUGAUGUGCAGACAGAGGUUAAAGGGGCGACAUUACUGGGAGAUAGGGUGGAGUAAUUCUUCCUAUGAAUCUGUUUACGUAGGUGUUGCGUACAAGAUUACUGAAAGAAAAGGAGACAGUUCACAGAGCGAGCUUGGAAGUAAUACCAUGUCGUGGUGUUUUGGCCAGUAUGGUUUUCUGAAAUCUGUACUUCAUGCAUAUCAUAAUGGCAGGGUGUGGAGCGAUGCUUUUCCCUCUGACUGCAACAGAGUUGGGGUGUUUCUGGAUUGGCCUGCUGGCACUCUGUCCUACUACAGAGUCUCUGACAAACUGAGUCACCUCUACACCUUCAAGAACAUUCAGUUCACUGAGCCUGUUUACCCGUGUUUCUCGGUUGGACAACGAUACAAUUAUGUGUACCUUCGUCCAUUCGAAUAAGAGCAUUGACAAAUGACACAUUUAAAGUUUAGAGAGCAGCACCCCAUUUUAUUUUGAAAUGUUGUUCACAAAUUCAAAACUGCAUUCAAACCCAGACAGACCAGGAUAAUUGACGGUGUCAGAUCAAGUUGAUUCUGUGCCCAGCCUUAUUCUCAAAAUUGUGCUUCACAUUCAGUUUCAGGUUGUAUUGUUUAGUACAAGACAGAUAUCUUUUUUAUUGUAACCUUCUAAUUCCUGAUACCUAAGGAUACAGAGCUUAUAGCAAUACACAAUAGCUGUGUCAACACUAGUAUGUUGAAAGAUACACUUAUAGCUCAUGUAAAAAGAUACUGAUUGACUUGUUUUUAGGCAACAUAAGGUAGCUAAUGUAGAUAUUGUUUAAUCUAGCGUUUGUCCAUUUUCUUAUUUGUGCAGUAUUUUAAAAAUAAUUAUGUUUUCAGAAUACAAUAGAAAUUGGUUUUGUUUUUAUUAAGUCAAACAACCUAACCCAGACCCAGGGUUCAAUUAAUGACUUUACUGUUCUGAGCAGAGACGCUGUUAACACCAUCAUCUUGUUGGUGUUUGUAGAGAUGAAGCAAUGUCAGAUUCCUGUGACACUGCAACAACUGUUGGAUGUGUUAAUGUUGAACAGAAUAAAUAAUUGGAGACCUGAG